UUUUAUUACUCUCACAUCCCACAAAUCUUCCUUGGAAAUGCACGCACUUAAUUUUGUGGGACAACCAAUCUCAGUUUAAAAACCAAUCUGGCCUGGACUAAAUGAACACCACAAUGCACAAGGGGAUGCACAGUGUACUGCAUACAAAAAGAUGGACUAAUAAUUACACAUAACCUGAUAAAAUGAAAGUCGUCUCAGGAUGCACAAAGGACACCGCAUGUAGAACCCUAUUUGAAGCUGUUGCAGGAAAGCCCACUGAAGGUUAGUCAUGAUAAGUCCCCCUGUAAGAGGAGUGGAAACAAUAAAAAGCACGCCCAGCAGUAGUAGAGAUCUAAUAUUGGCACUCAAAGCAACUGGCAGGCUGUCUCCUGUAAUUUUAGCGCACACUGAUGCAGAGGAAAGAUUUAAUGGGCAUUGGUCGGCGUACCCUCUUCUGAGGGCGUAAAGGAGACGGAGCAGAGAGGGAGGGGAGUAUAGGGAGAGGACAGUGAGGAGAGAGGGAAAGAGAAAGGCAGUGUGUGAGGGCUGCUGUGGCUCAGAAAUAAAGUCAGGCAACUAUCUGGAGCAGCAUGACUCUUCUAACACUUGGACUGUAUCUGCCGCUGUGGUUUUGUUAUGGCCUGGCUCAAUCCUCUUUUCUGGAUAGCUUUGUUUCAUUUCCAGCAGCUCUUAGAUCCCAGGAGCAGCAGAGAAGAUUCAGCCCAUGCUGUUUACUGAAUCUGCCUCCACCCCCACUGUUUCCUCCACCCCCUUCACUUUGGCGCCGCCACACUCAUAAUGAAGACAUUUCAAAUAACGGUGGGGAGUCAGAGCGGGGUAAUAAGGACAACGGUUAUGCCUGUGUCCCAGGUCCCCGUGGGCCUGCUGGUCCCUCUGGCCCGCAGGGUCCACCUGGAUUACCUGGGAUAGGAGGGCCUAAGGGAGAAAGGGGAGAAAUCGGAAGACCUGGGCAAAAGGGUCGGACAGGUCCUAUUGGACUUCCUGGGAAAGAAGGACCAGCUGGAUGGCCUGGACCAAGUGGGCCCAAAGGUGAGAAAGGUGACCCAGGGCUGAUGGGUUUGCCCGGAGCUAGAGGACCAUUUGGGCCAAGGGGUUUACCUGGGUAUAAAGGGGAAAAGGGUUCCCGAGGCGAUCGCGGUGAAAGUGGAGUGAAAGGAGACAAGGGUGGGAUGGGUUUCCCAGGAAUGCUCGGACAAAAAGGUGAAAUGGGUACAAAAGGAGAACCUGGGAUCUCAGGAAACAGAGGACCCACUGGCCGACCAGGGAAGAGAGGCAAGCAGGGAUGGAAAGGAGACACUGGCAGCGUUGGUCCUAUGGGACCUGCAGGCCCACAGGGGAUUUCAGGUCACCCUGGUCCUCCUGGUUCACCUGCCACAGGACUAUACAUGGUCGGAACAAAGGGUGCACGUGGUCCACCAGGGCCUCCUGGAAAGUGUAGUUGCAGCCCUCUCAGUAAUUCUCCAUUUGAUGACUAUCCUUCUAGAGGAAACUAUCCCAAAGUACCAGCGAUAUUUGUUGUAAGCAAUGAGGAAGAACUAGAGCGCCUUCACACAGAUAAUGCUCUGGCAUUUCGCAAAGACCAGAGAUCUCUCUAUUUCAAAGACAUUGAUGGCUGGCUGCCAAUCCAGACUUUUCCAUUCCAGUUGACACCAUUCCAGUCCAUGGAAAAUGCACCUGAUGAUGAAGGUUACUGUGGUGACGGGAUUGUGCAGAUUUCCAUCGCGGAGGAGUGUGAUGACAAAAACAGAGUUGUCACUGACGGCUGUGUUAAGUGUAAACAUGCUUACUGUGGAGACGGAUACCGCUAUGAGGGGGCUGAGGAGUGUGAUGGAAAGGACUUUGGAUACCAGACGUGUAAUUCAUAUCUUCCAGGGUCCUAUGGUCACCUCAAGUGCACACCGUACUGUGUUAUUGACUCCACAAACUGCAAGUACUUUACUUGAGCAGGAAGCUGUACAGUGCAGCGGGAUCCUCUUUGUGUUAUUUGGAAUAUUUUCAUGGAAAAAAAGAACAAUAAUGCUCCAAGCAAGAGACUGUGACGGUAGAGGCAGCCACUGAUUCCACUGAUGAAAGAAAAAAUGAAACAUAUACGUAUAUAUAAAUAUAACUCAUUUGUAUUGCUGCUGAGAUGCCACGUAGCUCCCAAGAGUUAUAGUCGGGUCAGUGGAAGUGACAAAACCUUCACCCACACAUAGGAAAUGCACAGGACAACUGGACUCAGUCUUUACAAGCAGGACUUAAGACUGUUCUCCUCACCAUGAAUCAGCCUCUGGAUGCAACAGUUGUGUGACAGCCAAGACUUAAUUAAGUGCCAGUGGGAGAUGUUGCAGAGGAGCAGUAGCCGGGCCAGAGGCGUAUUAAUCUUGACCCAGUUACUGUUGAGAAAGAGAGGCAGUAGGACAUCCAGAGCCAUGGCCUCAGGUAUUCUACUGCUGCGUCAACAAUGCACAGUAUUUGCAUGAGGCUGGGAUUACUAAGACCAUGACAGCAGCUGUCAUUAUCCAAGCAUGAAACCCAUCACUUUACUUAUUAUAGCCACAAGGCUUGUACUUUGUAGUCUCAAUAUUACAUCAAGGAUUUUAAAGUUGUAAAAGGUAAAACCAGGCAUAUAGUACAAUCAAUAUAGAUGGUUAGGGAUGGAGGUGAACGGGCAUGAAUUAUGCACUUGUAAUAUUUGACUGAGACUGUUAUACCGGGAGGCCACACUUCAGAGGCCGACUUGGCCUCAUCAUCUUGUGGUUGUACUGUGCUUGACAGGGACUUGUCCAGACAUUCAGUCUGGACAAGGUUUCAUAAAUCCAAAAAUAAUUCUCAGGAACCAACAGGUAAUGUAGCUCCACACAGCACCUUUCAAAGGCAACCCCUACUACUCUCUUUGUAAACUGAAUGGCAGUGACUGUAAGCUGAAGCACACAGAUAACCCGAGUUUCUUCCCAGCGCUGCGCUUCAGUGAGAAAUGAAAUAUACUGUAUAUGAAGGCUUGAAACUGUUAUGUUCUUAAUUGUCUCACUGCACAGGAAAGGCUGGGAUAGUCUGUAGCUGCUAAAGGGGAGGAAUUUCAAUUCCAGUCUGUUCUAUGGUCAUUACUGUAUUUACUCUAAUACCUCUUUAUCCAGUCUUUCUGUCUUACAGUAUAAACAGCAACACAAAAACUCAACAGUAGACCUUACAGUGUAGAUGGAGUAUGCUGUGUGUUGGGCACCAAUGGUGAAAAUGACUUUGCUGAUAAAAGCAAACAUUUUCCAUAAGCUACUGGAUGAGUCACAGUGCCAAGGAUGACCUGUCUCAGCCAUACAUAGAUGUAGUCAGGUGUUAUAUAAAGUGGUUCUUCUGUAAAAAAAAAAAAAAAGGAAUCAAAAGAUAAAGACUGUUACUAUAUCGUCUCCGCAUGCUUGUGAUACCAUGCUAAUGAUUGUGAAACGCUUCCACGCUUCUGUUUUGUAAAUCAUUGCAUUCAUCAGCGUAGCAGGUGUCUUAAGAAAUAUCAGUCUUGCUCUGCCCAGAGUGUAGCUAAGUACUGUACGUAUGACACACCUUAUAUGAUGAAGUGAUGAACUGUGCCAUGCACAAAAGCUAAAAUCCCUUUUGGAAACUGAGUUGAAUGUGCUGCCUGUGCUGCUGUGCUGUAUCAUCUACUGUGUAUGCACAACAAUGCUGAAACAUAACAUGCAUGUGGUAACGUACUGUAAGGCUUUAUUAAACAUAUUAUGCACUGUGACUGGGAUUGUGAACGCUCAUUUUGUUUCAUUGCUCUGAUAAGAUUUAUACUGCAGUUGUUGAUCAUUUUAAAAAGAAAUAAAACAGUAAUUUAAAUCAU